GCAACUUCUCAGCGGCACAGAUUUGUUUUUCCCGGCAAUGCAAUGCUGCUUGGACUACAUUUCACUCUGACUACUUUCCUGAUAUGUUAUGUCCUGUGCGCUUCAGGACACGGCAAUAGGAAAAGUCUAAUCAUUCAAGGCCCUGGGAAAAAGGCUGACAGCGCCAUUAAGGUGAUGAAAAAUGACGCCCAAACAGACGACAGGAGACCUGAAGCUGUCACCCGAAGGAGGAAGGUCGAAAAGGCAAGAAGCGGAAGAACAAAUGACGCCGGCUGCACCAGAUUGGGAGGCAUCUGCCAGCUCCGGCGAUUCGUCUGCCAAGGUCGAUACCUGAGGGACAAAUGUUCAGGGCGUGGAACGACCAGGCUGUGUUGUAUGCCAGUUGGAGCUUGGAGUGUCCUAUGCAGCGGUCACUAUAACAACAGAGUGAGGAGCUGCGACAUGCACGGUUGCGGAGCUUUCCACUCCAUCGGAGGUCUAAACAGCACAGUGGACUUGGUGUGUGCUGACUACGGUGCAGUCAGCGCUCCAUUCUCAGGCUCUCUGGCUGGUCCAGUGAGUCAGAAAGAUGCAGCUGGUUUCCAGUAUGAUGGCGUCAAACUUGCCAAUGACAAGCACUGUGUAAAGAUCUUGAACAUUCGACCUUUGCGUUACACCGGCACGGUGGCGUCGGGGGACCCGCUGGGUUACGUGCUGCCCUUGCAGGAGCGUUUCGCCGGCAUCACCUCGCACCUGAAGCUGCAGAUGUGUGACGGCGCUGACCCUUCACCCUUCAUUUGACUGUCCAUUUACAGUUUCUAUUUGCUAAAAUACAGUAGGAGCAGUAUCAUCCAGCUUUAUCAUUCACCGUCAUUACGAGAAACAUUUAUUGCAGUUGAUCUGUGACUGAUUUUUGUAUAGGAAAAAUAUAUCCAUGCUAGUGGUCAUGAUGGUAUAUUGUGCAUUAAAAGUUUGCAAUAGAUUCUCA